UAAUAGUUUUCUAUCCACACCCUCCAUUUUCUCACUUACAGUCACACGCUUGUUUGACAUUAAUAAACGGCGUUAACAAACGAAAGUGGAACAAAACAGCGUGCAAUUAUCAACUUCGCGUCGUUUCCCCUCCCCAAAUCCUCACUCCUCACUCUCACUCUGUUCAAACCCUCAAUCCAUGGCGUCGGCCAUGGCGUCCUCUCGUCUCACACUCUGCUCAACCACUCGCUCGAUCCCCUCAACGAAGAAGAAGAGUUCAAAGAAUGGCGGCUCAAAUCGAGGAUCUCCAAGCGAGUUCGCACGGGUUUUAAAGUGCGAUCGAGAAUUCAUCGUCGAGCGCCUUCAAUCGAUCGGGGACAAAACGCAGCCGCUUCGCGAUCGGAUCGCGAGGAAGAUCGGCGAUUUCUUCUGGCUUCGGCAUAUCGAAGAUCCGAAGGCGGUUGAGGAGCCGCUUGUUCCUCCGUCUUUGCCUCCGAUUUCGUAUCCUCCAGGGCUGUCUGUGAUAGACUUGUUGAUGGCUGAUCUUGAAGCUCUGAAGGUGUAUGCUAAUUAUUUAAGACACGUCUCUCAAGUUUUGUCCAUGCCUCUACCUGAGGUUUAUGACCAACAGAGAGUAGCUAUCUAUUUCAGUUGCCGUCCUCAUGUUCUCAUGUUUAGGAUGCUUGAGGUAUUUUCUUCGUUUGCAUCUGCUGCAAUAAAAAUGCAAACUUCCAAGACUUUCAAGAUGAAUAGACAUGGACUAGACGGGGAUAACAGUUCUGACAGUCCAGAGUUUUAUACUGGACAGCUCCUUAAAGAGGCAAUGCUGAAUCUUGGCCCAACUUUUGUGAAAGUUGGGCAGUCGCUCUCUACCAGGCCGGACAUAAUUGGGUCAGACGUUUCCAAGGCUCUUUCUGAGUUGCAUGAUAAAAUUCCUCCAUUUCCAAGGGAAGUCGCAAUGAAGACAAUUGAGGAGGAAUUCGGAUGCCCAACAAAGAGCAUCUUUAGCUACCUUUCCGAGGAGCCUGUCGCUGCUGCUUCCUUUGGCCAGGUUUAUCGUGGCUGUACACUUGAUGGCUCUGUAGUGGCUGUAAAAGUUCAACGUCCAAACUUGCUCCAUGCGGUUGUACGAGAUGUUUAUAUUCUCCGUCUUGGGCUGUCACUUUUGAGAAAAAUGGCAAAUAGAAAGAGUGAUCUUGCUCUCUAUGCUGAUGAGCUUGGCAAAGGUCUAGUUGGUGAGUUGGAUUAUACGUUAGAAGCUACGAAUGCUACCAAAUUCUUGGAAGCCCAUUCCCAAUAUUCAUUUAUGGUUGUCCCAAAAGUAUUUAGACAUUUAACCAGGAAGAAAGUCCUGACAGUGGAAUGGAUGGCAGGUGAAAGUCCCAGCGACUUAUUCUUACGGGCAGGAGGAUUUGGUAAUGAGAAAAUUCACUACUCACAGAAGCAACAACUGGAGACAAAAACACGUCUUCUUGAUUUGGUUAAUAAGGGAGUCGAAGCGUCACUAGUUCAACUACUUGAUACGGGCUUACUGCAUGCGGAUCCACAUCCUGGCAACUUGCGCUAUACACCUGAAGGAAAAAUUGGGUUUCUUGAUUUCGGUCUACUUUGCCAGAUGGAGAAGAAACACCAGUUGGCUAUGCUUGCAUCCAUAAUACAUAUUGUAAAUGGAGACUGGGAAUCUCUUGUUAAUGACUUGACUUUAAUGGACGUUGUCGGGCCAGGGACUAAUCUCCGUCGUGUGACUCUGGAGUUGGAAGGAUCGUUGGGUGAGGUUCUCUUCAGAGAUGGCAUUCCAGAUAUCAAAUUCAGUAAGGUUCUUGUCAAAAUUUUAUCUGUAGCACUUAAAUAUCACUUCCGCAUGCCCCCAUAUUUUACACUGGUCUUGCGUUCUCUUGCUUCCUUAGAAGGAUUAGCUGUGGCAGCAGAUCCGCAGUUCAAGACAUUUCAAGCUGCAUAUCCUUAUGUUGUUCAGAAGCUUCUUUAUGAUAAUUCAGCUCCUACAAGGACAAUCCUAAACUCGGUUGUCUUCAACAAAAAGAAAGAAUUCCAAUGGAAUAAGAUUUUGAUGUUUCUGAGAGUAGGCUCUUCGAGAUUAGGCACACAUGGUGUGAAUAUUUCUAGUGUGAAUAAAUCUUCUGGGCGCCGAAAAUAUGCAGAAGGGGAUGUGUUUGAGGUAGUAAACGUAGUUUUGAGGCUUCUGUCAUCAAAGAAUGGUGUUGUAUUAAGAAGACUACUUAUGACGGCGGAUUCAGGGUCUUUAACCCAAGCAGUGGUUUCAAAAGAUGCAGUUAUAUUCCGUCAGCAUAUGAGCAAUACUCUUGCUGAUGUGAUCUACAAAUGGAUGCUCAGAACCCUAGGAGGGGGAAAAGCAUCAGCUCUCAGUGACCAUCACUUCUCUGAAAUUGACAGACAAGAAGACACUGCACUUUUGUUACAGAAUGCACUUAGAGAUCGACGAUUGAGAGUCAUUUCUUACAAGAUAAUGAAGGAUGUAAGAAGGCAACCUCUAUUGACGCUCAGAGCCUGUUGGUGUUGUUUAACUAUUUUUGCGACGGCAUCAGCAAUAGCUUUGCACAGGGCUAUGGUUUAUUGGUCGGAGUCCGUGUUGAAGUCUGUUGCAUUUGUGCCUAAAAGAUUUGCAGUCAGUGUGUAGCAAGCCACUGGUAAGUUAAAGAGGAAUUUUUAUUCCUGUAUGUGUAUGUAUAAAAUUGAGUUAAGCUGAAAAGAUUGUGAAUGUAGGUAGGGCUUGUAUUAAUGGAAAUUUUGGGAAAUUUAUGAAUGCCAUGACCAAAUUCCUUAAUCUG